AUGAACGGAGAAAUCUUCAAUGCCAACCCAACCGUCUAUGCUUCCAAGCGUUCCACCCGUAAAUCGAAAUUUGAAGCAGGGCAGUCACUAUGGAUUGACGAACAGUACCAGCCCGAGCUCAGCAGUGAGUCUGAAGUGGAGCCUAUCGACGAGGAUGAGAUAUUCGACUUGAUCCGCUCUAUCGCAGAUCCUGAGCAUCCUAAUUCUCUUGAAGAACUCAGGGUAGUCUCUGCAGAGCAGAUUAAAAUGGGUGACAAUCACAUCAUGGUCGAGUUUACUCCCACCGUACCUCACUGUGGGAUGUCAACAUUGAUUGGGCUGUCCAUUCGCGUGCGACUGAUGCGAAGUUUGCCUCAGCGUUUCAAAGUGGAUAUCCGAGUGAAACCAGGAUCACAUCAGAGUGAACUUGCAGUCAAUAAACAGUUGAAUGAUAAGGAGCGUGUUGCUGCUGCUUUGGAAAACCCUGCCUUAGUGGAGACAUUAGAAAAGUGUCUAGAGCCUGUUGGAGGACACGACAGCCGGUAG